CAAGUAAUCAACAUGAAAUGAAAAGUAUCGUUUGACCUGCACGUUUUUCCUUCUUCUUGGUUUAAAAAUGCUUUCUCAAGCGCAAUUACUGGACGAAUUGAUGGGCAGAGACCGAAAUCUGGCCCCUCAAGAAAAGAAGUGCAGUCUUCAUUGGUCCGAUCCAAGUGUUUGUAAAAUGUACCUGGCUGGUUUUUGUCCACAUGAUUUGUUUACUAAUACGAGAUCUGAUUUGGGUUUUUGUGAAAAACUGCAUGAUGACAAAUUACGUGAAGAAUACAAAACUUCCAAAAGAUUUGGUACCAUGGGAUAUGAGGAUGAUUUCUUGCGUUAUUUACAAUCGCUUUUAUCCGAUGUUGAUCGUAGAAUAAGACGAGGUCAUUCCAGACUUACAACCACGCAGGAACUUAUGAAAGAAAAGCAAUUAGGAAAGUUGAACACAGACACCGAAAGAGAAAAGGAGGCCCAACUUACAGAAAAAGUUAAUUCUCUCGUGGAACAGGCGGAAAAACUUGGUUGUGAGGGAAAAGUUGAAGAAGCACAGGGGGUGAUGAAAUUAGUGGAUCAGUUGAAAGAAGAACGUGAUCAGCUUACAUCUAAGGUGAAAGAUCCAAGCUUCAAUGGUCAAGAAAAAUUGAUGGAAGUGUGUGAAGUUUGUGGUGCAUUUCUUAUCAUCGGCGAUGCUCAGAUCCGUGUUGACGAUCAUCUGCAAGGAAAGCAACAUAAGGGCUAUGCACAGAUAAAAGCCGCUGUUGAAGAACUUAAGAACCGUCCGUGGCUAAACAGAGCUAAAUCUAAAGAUUCAGCUGAGGGGGACAGGGAAAAGAAUUCUGAUCGAAAAGAUGCGCGCUCCGACGAUAAACGUUCAGAUAGGGACCGCGAACGACGCCGGGAGCGUGACGGCGAUCGCCGAGAUCGCGAUGGAAAGGAUCGUGACGGUGAUCGCCGGGUGACGGGUGACCGUGAACGAAGAGAUCGUGACCGUGAUAAUGAUCGUGAUCGGAGAGAUCGUGACCGCGAUAGACGGGACAGGGAUCGUGACCGACAUCGAGACAGGGACCGCGAUAGAGAUCGCCGUCGUGAUCGGAGCCGAAGUCGGGACCGUGACCGUGACCGGAAGCGAAGUAGUCGUGAUGAUGCCCGAAGUCGUAGCCGGGAGAAAGACGACAGUCGCCGACGAGGUGACGAUAGUCGCCGAGACAGUGGGGAAAGUCGCCGGCGUGAUGACGACAGCCGCCGAGAGUGUGACGAAAGUCGCCGAAGAGAUGAUUUUAAGGAAGAGAAGACUGAAGGUAAUGAAAUACAGGGUCAAGAAAUAAGUUCUUCGAAAGAUGAAAAAGUGGAUAAAGGUGCAUUAAAGAUGGUGGAGGAUAAGAUCCCGCAAGGUAGUCAAGAUGACACCGGUGUACCAGAAGGGCCCAGCGACGACAUGUAGAGAUGACGCUUUGUGGUUCGAUGAUGUCUUUUUCUUGAAAACGUGGUUAGCUAUAUAAUCCUCACAAAGUUUAAAGAACCUUAGAAUGUUCGUGAUUACUCUGUAGUCCCUAGGUUACCUUGAUUUGCUGUAAUCUGUCAUUUAGAUUUGGGAACCGGUUCGUUAAGUGAUUUUAGAAAGGGACAAGCUUACCUCUCAUUCAAACACCAAAUGCAUUUUAGUGUUUACAUAUUAAUCAUGUUUGCGAAAGUAAUAUCACGUUUAUGGGUUCAUUUUUUAUUGUUUUCAUAUCUUCCACAUCCGCGUAAAACAGCAAUACAAUCUUAUUUGAUUUUGACGUCACCGGAGGUUGAAUUUGGAAAGAAACUCACAAAACGUGAUAUUACAAAGUAUAAUAACCGCCUAUUUGAUCCACGAGAGGCAGUAUUAUUAAUAGUAUAGAUUGUUAGCAUAUGUACAUUGUUCGAUGGUCUUGUGAUUUCUAUUAAAUAAGAAUUGUUCCUUAGUGGUGUUUAGUAAAUAUCAUAUAAUGCUUGGCGACCAUUUUAUAAUAAUGUAUCUUCAAACACGCUUGAAAUAUUCUAGAACUUUCACCUUUAACUUGCGCGAUGCGUAACAUGUAAUGAUGGUAAACUGGAAGUGACUUUGAUUAUUGUCACAGUUGAUGCAGUUGGUCUUAUGGAAGAUUGAGCUGAACAUAGGUUUUAUAAUUCGUACACGAAAUCAUUCGAUGGCGAGUACAUCUCGGGAUUCAUAGUACGAUCACGAGUAAAAUUUGUUUGUAUCCACAAAUGAUUUUAAUUACCAGUAUUUACACUUUACAAAUAUGGAUAGCAAUAUCUGAAUUUGCAACUUAUAUAAGCACCUUCGACUGAAGUCCCACUUCUAUAGCAAAUUUAAAUUUUUUGUAUUUAGCAUUUUAAUGGUUGUUGCGUUAAGUCCGUUUUCCACCAGGCGAACCUUUCGCCGCGAAAAAAUAGAAGAAUCGCUUUCUAUACUUUUUAUCUGUUCGUGCGAAUAUUAAAAUUCGCCCAGUGGAAAACAGGAUUUAAUCAUUUCUGAACAGAACAUUCUGAACAGUCAACACUAUUUUUAAACGA